AUAAUUCAUCAAAUUAAACAUUAAUAUUCGAAUCACAUUUUAAUUAUUGAUCAUGGAGCUUCAAAUCUUCUCUUUUCCUCUACUCUGCACUUCUCUUUUCUUCAUUUUCAUGUUCUUGAAAUUAUUUAAAAAAUCCUCUGCAAAUAAUCUACCUCCGGGACCAAUCAAGCUUCCUAUAAUCGGAAACAUGCACCAGCUUAUCGGCUAUCCGCCGCACCAUCGCCUGAGAGAUUUAGCCAAAGAAAAUGGAGACAUUAUGAGUCUUCAGCUUGGUGAAGUUUCUAAUAUUGUCAUUUCAUCGCCCGAAGCUGCGAAGGAAGUGAUGAAAACUCACGAUAUCGCCUUUGCUCAGCGCGCAUUUCUGUUAACUGCGAGUAUUAUAACGUAUAACUUUACGGAUAUCGCGUUUGCUCCGUAUUCAGAUUACUGGAGACAGCUUAAGAAAAUUUGCAUACUCGAACUGACAAGCGCGAAACGCGUUCAGUCUUUCAGAUCGAUCAGGGAAGAAGAAGUGCAAAAUUUAAUCGGUACCAUUUCGUCUUUUUCGGGGGAGUCAUUCAAUUUUAGUAAAGAGUGGUUUCCUUUAACUUAUGGGAUUGCUGCUCGAGCUUCUUUUGGUGAUAAAUGCAAAGAUCAAGAGGAAUUUAUUGCGCUUGUUGCAGAGAUAACGAAAAUGUCAGCAGGAUUUAAUCUAGCCGAUUUCUUUCCGUCUAUGAAGUUUAUAUAUGUGAUUAGUGGGAUGAAAUCUAAGCUCUUGAAGCUGAGGGAGUCGCUGGACAAGAUUUUUGAAACCAUCAUUGAUAAUCACAGAGCCAAGAGGAAGAUUGGCGGCGAAUCUGACGAUGUUGAUGAUCUUGUUGAUGUUCUGUUGAGACUUCAGGAGAAUGGAGAACUUGAAUUUCAAUUGACAACAGAUAACAUCAAAGCCGUCAUACUGGACGUUUUCAUAGCAGGCAGCGAGACAUCAUCAACAACAGUAGAAUGGGCAAUGUCCGAAAUGCUGAAAAAUCCUGAAAUAAUGAAGAAAGCACAAGAUGAGGUAAGGAGUGUCGUCGGAGAAAAAGGAAAUGUUGAUGAAACGGAUCUUGAUAAAUUGAGCUAUUUAAAAUUAGUGAUCAAAGAAACUUUUAGAGUACAUCCUCCUACUCCAUUACGUUACAGAGAAUGCAGAGAAAAAUGUGAAAUUAACGGAUAUGUAAUACCAGCUAAAACCAGAGUUAUCGUAAAUGCAUGGGCGAUAGGAAGGGAUCCGAAUCACUGGACGAAUGCUGAGACAUUUUAUCCGGAACGAUUUCUUGAUAGUUCAAUUGAUUUUAAAGGAAAUCACUUUGAAUUUAUACCAUUCGGUGCUGGAAGAAGGAUGUGUCCUGGAAUUAUGUUUGGUAUAGCUAAUGUUGAGCUUCCGCUCGCACAAUUUCUUUACCAUUUUGAUUGGAAGCUUGGUGAUGGAUUGAGCUCAGAAACUGUUGAUAUGGUUGAGGGUUUUGGUGCUACUGUUAGAAGGAAGAAUGACCUACACUUGAUUGCUAUUCCACACCAUAAUUAACAUGAUAUCUCUGUAUUGAUUUAUUUCAUGCUGUUUCUUUUGAAAAAUAUUAAUAAAAUAAUAGAUGGCUUAAUUAUUGAAA